AUGGAAGAGGAUCAAGAGCUGGAGAUAAAAGCAAUAGAAAAACUGCUUAAAGAGGGAAAAUGUGGGAAAACAAGAGCAGAAACAAUGGGACUUGUGAGUUGGAUAAAGUGUCCUCUUACGGGCACCAAUAAGAAAUUUCUUAUUAACACAAUUAAGAACACACUCCCAUCCAAUGAAGAACAAGAUCAUAAACAAAAAGAGGGUGCUAAUGAACCUGAGAAGAGCCAGAACCAGAAAGAAGAAAGCUGGAAGAAGCACAGAGCCCACCCUUACAAGCACAUCUUCCCAGCUCCACUCAUAGUCAGUCAUUCUCCACCAAGGAAGCAGAGCAGCCAGGCCAAGAAUGAAAAGCAGUCAAACAAGCAAUGA